AUGUCUGUUAGCUCAACAUCAGGAACCAUGCUUCGACGGACGAUUCUCAACGCGAGACUGACAAUGCAGCCCUUGAGCGCUGCUGAGUCGGCUUCGCGAACCAUCAGACCCGCGGCGUUUGGAUCAUACAGAACCAUCCAUCGUUCGGCUCGGUUGCCUGCUAUCACAGCGUCUGAGGCGCGUCGCAGACCGACUCUGCGACCUCGCCACCAGCCUGCGUCUCAGGUCCUCUCUGCCCGAACGAUUUUCAUCCAGACUGAAAACACACCCAACCCUGAUGCAUUGAAAUUCAUCCCUAACCACCAUGUCCUCCCCGAGGACUUCCCGACCUCCUUCCUUGAGUAUCUUUCUCCGCGAUCGACUCUCGCCCCGCCUCACCCGUCGCCGUUGGCGGCAAACCUGCUGAAUAUCGAAGGUGUCUCGUCUGUCUUCUACGGACCCGAUUUCAUCACAGUGACCAAGCAGAGUGAUGUGAACUGGGCGCAUAUCAAGCCGGAAGUCUUCAGCCUGAUAACACAAGCCGUGACAUCUGGCGAGACGAUUGUCAGCGUUGUUGAGAAGACCGGCGAGAAUGCACAGGAAGGUGGCGAGGAAGACUCGCUGAGCUUCAACGAGGAGGAUGAUGAGGUUGUCAGCAUGAUCAAGGAGCUGUUGGAGACUAGAAUCCGACCCGCGAUUCAGGAGGACGGAGGCGACAUUGAACUCCGUGGCUUCGAGGAUGGAAUUGUCAUGUUGAAGCUGCGUGGAGCCUGCCGAACCUGCGAUUCCAGCACUGUGACGCUGAAGAACGGCAUUGAGUCUAUGCUGAUGCACUACAUUGAGGAAGUCAAGGGAGUUGAGCAGGUGAUGGACCAGGAAGAAGAGAUCUCGAUGCACGAGUUUGCCAAGUUUGAGGAGAAGUUGCGUCAAACCAAGGGACCUGAGGCGACAGCUUCGCAAAAGACAUUGGAUUCCGCGGCUUGAGCAUUUGAUCUGAUUUGAUUUGAUAUCUAUACGUCACUGUCAUGCUGUUUGACAAUUGUACAUAGUAAAAUGAGAUUGUAAUAGACACGAUAUACUAUUCCCCUCUACG